AUGCGGCCCGUCCUUCCGGCCUUCGCCUUCCUCGUGUCUUUCGUCUUCUCACUAACGCGUAUAUCCACCGCGCAACAGUAUCCCCUAUGUCCUUUAACGAAGCAGCCGCCGUCGCUUCCCACGGUCCCGUACCGCCGCUGCAUGGAUGCCGCGGCUGCGUCGUGCUGCACGGACUGCAAGGAGAUUCAAAACGCGCUCGCGGGGGUGUCGGCGAACGUUUCCAUCAUCAUGCCGCAGCUGCUCACGCCGCUAGGGCCCAUGAACGAAGUUGACUACUCAGGAACUACGGCGUGCGACUAUCUGUACGGCAUGGACGACUGCCAGUUUCAUCUCGAACAGCUCCUUUGCGCGUUGACCUGUAACCCCGAUUCCGGCAACUACGUGUUCGUGAAGGCCGGCAGACCCGUUCUGCGCGUGUGUCCGACGUACGCGCAAGAAGUGUUUGGCUACUGCAAAGACGUCUCACUGGGCACUGUGCUGGUCGGAGCGGGCUUCCCCACUAAGGAGAUCCUGCUAGGGCGCCUCUUCACUCCUCUCGUGCAGAAACUCGGCAUUGGGAAUGUCGCCUUUAUCGUUUCUGAGAAAAAUUGCUACGGUGGCCCUGCCGCCCUCCCCGAGCAACCCGCCUGCUGCGACCCGCUAUACGUCCCUAAGGAGUGCCCCUACGGCUCGGUAGACACUAAGAAAUACGCGGCCUCCAUAGGCCGUUCGAUGGACAGCGGCAAUGCAUCCAACGCUUGCCAAUGGUUCCCACUCCCAGAGGAUCCGAACCUUGCACCACUCCCUGAAAACCCUCCUCUUCCUUAUAUUACCGGAGCAGCACAUGACCCGCCACCUCCUGAUGUGGGUACACCGUGGGCUUCUGAGCCUGUGCCGAAAAGCAACCCAAGUGCGAUGACUUAUAAGGGGGCGGCACGUAUGGGAGUCGCUGGUGUAGCAGCGUUUGUGGCGACUUUGGCAGCUGCUGUUUUUGCUAGUUGA